AUGAUAACCCAUCACCUCCCUCUCCUGUUUGUGCUCCCCAUCCUCUGCUUGAGCUCUGCUCUGCCCCCCUCCCCCGGAAUAAGCCGAAAUCUGUUAAGCACAUCGGAUGAAAAUACAAGGAUACUUCACCGCACCAAACGCGGAUGGAUGUGGAAUAGUUUCUUUCUCCUGGAGGAGUGGACUGGAACUGGGAAACAAUAUGUUGGAAAGCUUCAUUCUGACAUGGAUAAAGAGGAUGGCACAGUGAAAUAUGUUCUCUCUGGAGAUGGCGCUGGCACCAUUUUCGAGAUUGAUGAGAACUCAGGUGACAUCCAUGCCACCAGGAGGCUGGAUAGAGAGGAGAAGUCAUCCUAUACACUAAGUGCUAAAGCCGUCAACAAGACCUCUGGUCAGGACCUUGAGAAGGCGUCUGAGUUCAUUAUCAAAAUCCAUGACAUUAAUGACAACGAGCCAAAGUUUUCCAAGGACACCUAUUUAGCCAGUGUACCAGAGAUGUCCAACGUUGGAGCAUUUGUAAUACAAGUUACAGCCACAGAUGCUGAUGAUGAGGCAUAUGGAAACAGUGCUAAACUUGUGUACAGUAUUCUACAGGGUCAGCCCUAUUUCUCUGUUGAACCUGAAACUGGAGUCAUCAGGACAGCGCUGCCCAACAUGAUUCGGGAAAACAAGGAGCACUACCAGGUGGUGAUUCAGGCCAAAGACAUGGCAGGGCAGAUGGGGGGCCUUUCUGGAACUACGACAGUCAACAUUACCCUACUGGAUGUCAACAACAGUCCCCCACGCUUCCCGCACAGUUCCUACCACCUCUCCACUUUUGAGUCAGCUGAAAUUGGGUCUUCCAUAGGCCGGAUCAAAGCCAACGAUGCAGAUGUUGGGGAAAAUGCGGAUAUGUGGUACACCAUUCUUGAUGGUGAUGGGCAGGAUGCUUUCAGCAUUGUAACCGAUGUCACCACGCAGGAAGGAGUGAUAACAGUGAAAAAGCCACUGGAUUAUGAGAGCAAACGAACUUACAUGCUACGAGUGGAGGUGACCAACACACACCUGGAUAAACGCUUUGACUACCUAGGCCCGUUCAGGGAUUCAGCUACAGUCAGAAUUACAGUUACUGAUGUGGAUGAGCCUCCUGCCUUCAAUCGAAACCAUUACAUCUUUGAAGUAGACGAGGACACGCCAGCUGGAAGCCCCAUUGGCACAGUAACUGCUCGGGACCCUGACGCUGCCAAUCAUCUUGUGAGAUACACCAUUGAUCGGCACACAGACUUGGAGAGACUUUUUAACAUUGAUGCCAUCAAUGGAACCAUCACGACACUGCAAGGUCUUGAUCGAGAGGUGUCCAAGUGGCACAACGUCUCCAUUCUUGCCACAGAAAUAAGUACCUCUCUACAAACAAGAGUUCCAGUGUACAUCAAAGUUCGAGAUGUCAAUGACAACGCACCUGAGUUUGCCAUGUUUUAUGAAACAAUCGUCUGUGAAAAUGUGAAAGCCGGUCAGCUCAUUCAAACCAUAAGUGCUGUGGAUACAGACGAGCCUCUUGUAGGACACAAGUUUGUGUUUAGUUUGAGUACAGUCAAUCCCAACUUUACCAUCUUCGACAAUGAAGAUAACACGGCACGGAUCGUCACCCGCAGAGGCGGCUUUAACCGGCGGGAGAUGAGUGCAUAUUUGUUGCCGGUGGUCAUCUCGGACAACGACUACCCCAUCCAGAGUAGCACCAGCACACUAACAGUUAGAGUAUGCUCGUGCGACAGUCGCGGAAAUGUGCGGUCCUGCAGUACCGAUGCACAGUUUCUCUCGGCGGGACUCAGCACUGGAGCGCUAGUGGCCAUCUUACUCUGCAUCAUGAUAUUGCUAAUGAUUGUGGUUUUGUUUGCGGCUCUGAGGAGACAGAGGAAGAAGGAGCCUCUGAUCAUCUCCAAAGAGGAUGUGAGAGACAACGUCGUCAGCUACAACGACGAGGGAGGAGGAGAGGAGGACACACAGGCUUUCGAUAUUGGAACCCUGCGUAACCCUGAGGUCAUUGACACUAACAAGAUGCGACGUGACAUCAUUCCAGAGAUGCUGUUCCCGUUCCGUCGAAUGUCGCCCAUCAAGGACAACACGGAUGUACGGGACUUCAUAAACGGACGACUGCAAGAGAAUGACUCUGACCCCACGGCGCCCCCUUAUGAUUCAUUGGCCACCUAUGCCUAUGAGGGCAGUGGAUCACUGGCAGAAUCCCUCAGUUCCCUGGAGUCUGCAGCAACAGAGGGAGACCAAGAGUUUGAUUACCUCAGUCACUGGGGGCCGCAGUUCAAAAAGCUUGCAGACAUGUAUAUAGGCAAGGACACGGAAAGAGAGACAUAA